UCAAAUCACUUAUUCACUUCUCAGCAAAUCAAAUCAAAUUUCAAUUCCCUCUCGCCUUCUGGAGAAACAAACCCUAAUUCGCAUCAAGAAUGGCUCGUACGAAGCAGACAGCGAGGAAAUCGACCGGAGGGAAGGCUCCAAGGAAGCAGCUGGCGACAAAGGCGGCGAGGAAGUCUGCGCCGGCGACUGGAGGAGUGAAGAAGCCGCACAGGUUCAGGCCUGGAACGGUGGCUCUGAGAGAAAUCAGGAAGUACCAGAAGAGCACUGAGCUGUUGAUCAGGAAACUCCCCUUCCAGAGGCUGGUGAGAGAGAUCGCACAGGAUUUCAAGACGGAUCUCCGUUUCCAGAGCAGCGCCGUAGCAGCACUGCAGGAGGCAGCCGAGGCUUACUUGGUGGGUCUAUUUGAAGAUACUAAUCUAUGUGCCAUUCAUGCCAAGCGUGUUACUAUUAUGCCUAAAGAUAUUCAGCUUGCUCGUAGGAUCAGGGGCGAGAGAGCCUAGAUUGUUAAAUUGUUGUCUGGUUUUGAAUGUUUGCUUGUUUAAUUAGUUGUUGUACUCUUUAGUUCUUCUAUCAAUGGAGAUUUAUGUACAUCUUUCAAGAUCUAAUGAAUGAUUGUUUGACAUUCA